UUGCGAAAAAUAAAGGUGAAAAUAUUUUGCAAAGCAAAGAGGGCUUCUUUCUCAUCUCCAUCCGAAAUAUGGCUCAUCUACUGUCACACAUUCUCUUGCUUUUCGUUGUGGUUUCUUUACAUGUUAACGUCAUAGCUCAAGAAAACGAGCCCAAUAUUAUCCUACCAGGUUCUACUCUAUAUGCCGGAAAACACCCGAGAUCAUGGCCCUCACCUUCAGGCCACUUUGAAUUUGGUUUCUAUCGGCAAGGCGGUGGAUAUGCUGCAGGAAUUUGGCUUGUCGGCCGCCCGGAAAACACCACUGUCUGGACUGCAAAUCGGAAUGAUCCACCGGUCUCCGCUAGUUCUACUUUGGAGUUCACAGCACAAGGCACGUUGCUUUUAAGGACUGAGAACGGUGCACAGAAAAUAAUUGCGAACACUUCCAGCUCGGGGUUUGUUUAUUCAGCUUGUAUGCUGGACAUGGGGAAUUUCGUGCUCUACCAGAACAGGUCUGUUGUUUGGGAGAGCUUUGAUUUCCCGACCGACACAAUCUUAGGAGGCCAGAAUUUAACAAGAGAUCAUAACCAGUUGAUUUCCAGUGUGUCAAGAUCAAACCACGCCGGUGGCCAGUUUUUGCUGAUAAUGCAGACUGAUGGUAACCUUGUAGCCUAUGUAAAUAAUUCUGCCGAACUUGAUACUAAUGACGCAUACUGGUCCACUCGUACUAAUGGCUAUCCUUUCUCUGUGUUAAAUCUCAACACGAGAGGCGUUCUAACAAUAUCUUCAGAAUCAGAUCUCUACGGAGAAUGGCUUGUGGCGGAUGGCUCUACAACUGGGAACCAAACGAUGAUCAUCUAUAGAGCAAGCCUUGAUCCUGACGGAAUUUUCAGACUGUACUCCCAUCAACUUGAAAAAAAUACCAUCUCAAACAUUUGGCAGAAUGUGGAUGAUGCAUGUGAUGUUAAUGGUCACUGUGGGUUGAACAGCUACUGCUCCAGCAAGGGUGACGAUUUCGGGUGCUAUUGCUAUCCUGGUUUCACCUCAGAGAGCACCAAAAUCCCGAGCUGCUCUCAGAAUUUUACCUUGGAUGGGUGCGAGUCAAGGAAAGAUCUAUUGAUACAGUACAACAUCACUACGUUGGAGAAUAUGGAGUGGGCUGGUGAUCCUUAUUCUGUGAAGCAUAAUUUGGACAAGGAAGAGUGUAAGAAAGCUUGCGAGGAGGAUUGCUCCUGUGGUGGGGUUCUCUAUUCUAUCCCAAACUGCAACAUGUUUAGACUACCGCUCAAAUAUGGUAAAAGACAUGAAAAUAUAAACACUACAGCCUUCAUCAAGGUGAUUGUCGGUUCCUCAUCUGAAAUCAGGCCAACAUUGAUAAACGAAUCAAACCGAAGCCUGAUUUUAACUGUGGGAUUAAGUCUGGGUUCCGUUGCAAGCUUGUCUUUCGUGAUGGCGUUGUGCAGCUUCUUGCUAUACAGGCAUAGAGUCAAAAGUUACGAGAAGAUUUCAGAAAAUACAAGUCAAGUUUUAACCGAGCAGUUUACACUACGAUCAUUCACUUUCAAUGAGCUAGAUGAAGCAACACAUGGCUUCGAUGAUGAGUUAGGUAGAGGCUCGUUCGGAGUAGUUUAUAAAGGAAUUUUGCCAGGGGAUGGUAAAAGUAUUGUGGUCAAGAGAUUGCCGAAAGUUAACGAAGGAGAAACGGAUCGUAUUCGAACCGAGAUGAUUGUCAUCGGAAGAACUAACCACAGGAACUUGGUUCGAUUGCUCGGUUUUUGUGUGGAGGGUUCAAGGAAGCUCCUUGUUUAUGAAUACUUGAGCAAUGGCUCACUGGCAGACUUUCUAUUCAACAUGAACGGACGCCCAGCUUGGAAAGAAAGAGCCAGAAUUGCAUUGGACGUGGCUAAAGGUAUUCUUUAUUUACAUGAAGAGUGUGAGGCGUGCAUCAUCCAUUGCAACCUCAAGCCCCACAACAUACUAUUGGAUGAUUCAUUGACUGCAAAGAUCUCGGAUUUCGGAUUGGCAAAGCUAUUGAGGCCUAAUCAUACAAGAAGUACCACUGGGACCAAAGGGACAGAAUGGUACUCAGCACCCGAACGACAAAGCAGUGCAUCGGUAUCGGAAAAAGUUGAUGUAUACAGUUUUGGAGUGAUACUAUUGGAGAUCAUAUGUUGCAGAAGCAACAUAGAAGUACAAGUUUGUAGUGCAGACGAGAUACUGCUUUCAACAUGGGUAUACAAUUGCUUUGUUGGGGGAGAGUUGAACAAGCUUGUGGAAGGCGAAGAAGAGGUGGACAUGAGAAUGGUGGAAAGGUUUGUGAAGGUGGGGCUGUGGUGCAUUCAAGAUGAUCCAACUUCGCGUCCACUGAUGAAGAAUGUGACCAUGAUGCUGGAAGGAACAAUGAAUGUACCCAUCCCUCCAUCUCCAUCACUUCCCAUGUUACUACUUAACUAAUGUUGUUAUUUGGUUUAGUACUUGUCUUAAUUAUGAUUUUCAUGUAAUGUAGGAUGGUUUUUUCUAAUAG